AAACAGGUUUUAUUUCCUCUCAGAUUCUCUCAGUUUGCGUCACACAGAUCAGAUUUACACUUCGUCCCUGACGUGAAAAACGUUGAAGAUUUCUGGUUUAGAUAUUUAUGUCAAAAGGCAACAAUAAAUGACAAAAGGAAAAUAUCAACCACCAUUUCACUUCUCACAGUGUGAAUGAAUGAAUGAAGUGUGCACCAGGCCCUAAACACAUGCACAUACAGACCAGGCCAAAGCCAAACUCACUCACACAGUGUGCGCUGCACUGCCACCUACUGGCCCAGUUAAAUGUCCAAACUGUAACAGCACAGAUGUUCUCCAGUCUCUUCCACAUGUUCUUGUCAUUACUUCAUUAAGAAACUAAUGUGACCAAACUGGACUGAGCACAGUGACGUUUCAUCAUGGUUCUAUUUUAGGAGCAGCUCUUGACUGAGCGCGCUCAGAGCGACUGCAGCGGAGGAAACAGCAGAUCUAAACAUGGAGCCGAGUGCAGCCCACAGAGCCCUGGCUCACACCUCCUCUGAUUUCAUCGAAGAGUUCAACCGUCAGAGGAGCCGUCUGGAGAACCUCAUCAGCCGAGUGGGAAGACUGGACUCGGACCGAGACCAGCGUCUGCGUCAGAACCGCACACACCAAACUUUAGGCACAGUCGUGUGUGGAGCUGCAGCUGUGUGUGGGAUCAUAGCGGCUCCGUCCACCAAAGGCCUCAGUCUGGGCCUGAGCGCUGCUGCUGCUGCAGGAUACUACUUUUACUCUCCACGUUAUCCACCUGAAUGUGACGACAUCCAUCGGAGCUUCAGAGCAACAACAGCAGAAAUUCAUCAAAUGGUGGAUUCUCUCCGGACCGAACUGGACACCGUCAUCGGGGCUUUGGUUCGGUUACAAACAGAACUGGACGGGGCACAGUCAGAACAUCUGAGCUCAGAAACCAGAGCGCCCGUCCUCACGGGUUUCCCUGGAGACACGGAGCUUUCUGAGGCCAGAGAGAAGUUCAGCCGAGUCCUGGACGAGCUCAGAGAGAAUCACUUCAGCAGCGACUCGCAGGUCCACAGGAGCCUCACGACCGGAGACCGUUCAGAUGAAGAGUAGAGUCUGUGUUUGUGAUCACUAAAUUGUCCAGUGAAGUGAGAAACAGGCUCAGUGGUGUUUCAAGGGUUUCCAAGGACCAGAGGCAUAAAUCCAAAAAGGCCCUAAAACCUGUUUUAACACCAUUAUUACCCAGAACUCAACAAAGAGUUACAGCUUUUAAUAAAAACUUCAAACUAAAAUAACCAGUCCACUAGAGCUGGUGCACUGUGGACGUUCUGCUGCUUUAGUGUGAACAAUGAACAUAAUUCCAUAAAUAUUUGUGGUGAAUCUGGUCACGCCCACUUCAGUGUUGAAAUGACCUGGUGCUGGAUCCGUUUAAGAAA